AUGGUGGAUCCCAGUGGCAACGAAUCCAGUGCCACAUAUUUCAUUCUAAUAGGCCUUCCAGGAUUGGAAGAAGCUCAGUUCUGGUUGGCCUUCCCGUUGUGCUCCCUCUACUUUAUCGCCGUGCUAGGUAACUUGACAAUCAUCUACAUUGUGCGGACGGAGCAUAGCCUACACGAACCCAAGUAUAUCUUUCUUUGCAUGCUUUCUGGCCUUGAUGUCCUCAUCUCUACCUCAUCCAUGCCCAAAAUGAUGGCCAUCUUCUGGUUCAAUUCCACUACCAUACAGUUUGAUGCUUGUCUGCUACAGAUGUUUGCCAUACACUCCUUAUCUGGCAUGGAGUCCACGGUGCUGCUGGCCAUGGCCUUUGACCGCUAUGUGGCAAUCUGCCACCCACUACGCCAUGCCACUGUGCUAACAUUGCCUCGUGUUAUCAAGAUCGGCAUGGCUGCUGUGGUACGGGGUGUUGCACUUAUGGCACCCCUGCCUUUCUUCAUCAAACAUCUGCCCUUCUGCCGCUCCAAUAUCCUUUCCCAUUCCUACUGCCUACACCAAGACGUCAUGAAGCUGGCCUGUGCUGACAUCCGCGUCAAUAUCAUCUAUGGCCUCAUUGUCAUCAUCUCUGCCAUUGGCCUGGACUCACUUCUCAUCUCCUUGUCGUAUCUGCUUAUCCUCAAGACUGUGUUGGGCUUGACACAUGAAGCCCAGGCAAAGGCAUUUGGUACUUGUAUCUCUCAUGUGUGUGCUGUUUUCAUAUUCUAUGUACCUUUCAUUGGGUUGUCUAUGGUGCACCGGUUUGACAAGCGGCAUGACUCCCUCCUGCCUGUCAUCAUGGCCAACACCUAUCUGCUUGUUCCUCCCGUGCUCAACCCUAUUGUCUACGGAGUGAAGACAAAGGCGAUCCGGCAGCGCAUCCUUCGUCUUUUCCAUGUGACCACCCACACUUCGUAUCCCUAG